CCUACAGAUGGAAGAGGACCCGAUCACUACGUCAGGGUUCUUCCAGGGCGAUAUUAUGGUGGCGUCGGAGGAUCAGCUGUACCAGAUCCUGGAGGGCGAUUCCGCCGGCCAACACAGCGCUAUAAAAAAUCCUCAAAAAGUAUGGCCGAACUCCGUCAUUCCCUACGUCAUUUCUGCUACAUUUUCGUCGCAGGAGCGAGCUGUGGUCGCGCGUGCCAUGGCCGAGUACCACCAGAACACGUGCAUUCGCUUCGUGCCAAGGUCCAGCCACGCUGAUUACAUUCAUAUUCUAAGAGGACAAGGGUGUUCCAGCGCCGUGGGACGGUCGGGGGGCGCGCAAGUGGUAUCCCUCGGGUACGGCUGCGUCCAGAUCGGAGUGGUGAUUCACGAACUGAUGCACGCCGCAGGGUUCUGGCACGAACAGUCGCGUCCAGACAGGGACACUUUUGUGACUAUUAACUGGUCAAAUAUUGUCCCGCACCUACAGUAUAACUUCGAGAAGAAAACUACCGCUGUCACACAAGACUUGGGUCUGUCAUAUGACUACAAUUCAGUCAUGCACUAUGGCCCCUAUGCUUUCGCCGUCAACAGACAAUACCCGACAAUCACGCCCAGGCAGAGCGGAGCCACCAUCGGCCAGAGAAACGGCUUCUCAAAGCUGGACAUCCAAGGACUCAACUUGCUGUACAGGUGCUCAGGGAAGCCCUUACCACCUGCGGCCUGUGUCGAUAGCCAUGCGAAUUGUGCUUCGUGGGCCAGUCUCGGUUACUGCAGAACCAACCCCGCCUAUAUGUCAACGAGUUGCAAGAAGGCAUGCAACAUCUGUGGUGGUGGCUCGGGAUGUGCGGAUAAAGGGCCUCAUUGCACCAGCUGGGCGGCAAAGGGGGAAUGCCAGCGAAAUCCAGCCUAUAUGUCCUUGAUGUGUAAGAAAGCCUGCAACCUCUGUGGAAUGGGGGGGUCCUGCAAUAACGGGAACCAGCACUGUCAGGACUGGGCCCGGAAGGGGGAGUGCCAGCGGAAUUCGGCCUACAUGCGUCAGUUCUGCUCCAAGGCGUGCGGCCUCUGCUGAGGAUCUUCUGAGACGAUGGUUCGACAACUGGCUCCGCAAAUAGAAAAAGAAAUCUUCAAAUACUUAUCUUCUUUUAUAUAUUCGUGUAUACUUUCGAGGCCAGUUACUUUUGCUUGUCUUCCAAUUCAGACAAGUAGAUAUAAUACAAAUAUCUUCGUUAAGCUGCCUGAAAAAACAGGCACGAAUGUUACUGGUAAAAGAGAAUCUUAUAACCACUCAUCCAUCAUAGAAACACAAUAUUACCUCAUUUUUAUAGAAAGAAGUUUUACAAUA